AUGCCUGCAAUGGCCAUGGUUGCGCGGCCUUAUCCCAUGGUGAAGGCACUCAGGCAGGGGAUCAAAGGUGCUUUGGUAGCAGGUGGAAAACAUUCACAUUUGUACACAUUCUUAAACAUUCAAAUUUCUGCAGGAUUGCAAUUUUCUGAUUUGGAAGAUGAGAAUUACCUUUCUUUCAAGAGGAAAGUCAGGUUAGAAAAUGAAUGCCCACUCAAAAAGAACAGGGUGACAGAAGGUAACUCAUGUAUGCUAGAAUUUGGGGAUAGGCAAUUGAGUGAUGAUGAUAGCCUUUGUAUCAAGAGAAGAUUAAAGUUGGAGGAUGAUAACUCAUUCAAGAAGAGAAAGAUCACUGAAUGCAACUCAGAUUCAGUUAACAAGCAAUCUAAACUCGAAACAGUUGUCCCAAAAACUGGUUUCUCAUAUGGCUGCAUCAACGAACAUGGAAAGCGUUUGAGAGAAGAAGAAACAGUGCCUACAAUUCCUUCUAAAAGAGUAUGCUGAGUACAAGAGCAUGCUUUGGAAGCACUUUUGUAUAUAUUUUACAUGCGCUGAUGGUUUUGCACAUAAGGUUGAGCAGAGCUGUGAUGAUUAAGAUGCUGAAAGUUGUCUUUUCUUGUGUAGUAUCUUCUUACGGACUGUUUUCUAAUUUUUCAGGUCAUGUAUGUUUUUGUUGUUCUGAAGGUUAUUCAUGUUUGUAACCUGGAACUUGACCUCCUUGUGUUUGCUACAUUUUGGGCUAGGUUUAGAAUGUUGUUUUCACAGCAAUUCACUAAAAUCUGAACAGUUGGGACU